AGGGGGCGCUUUGACUUCCGGUAUACAGUCUACGUCACGCCUGUUGCCGGAAGUAAAUCUCGGUCUGUCAGGGGGAAAAGCGUGGUUUUAGCAGCCGUUCUUUGAAAUGAAACCACAGCUUUAAUAGUUGUGACCAUAAGGGAAAAAAUGGGGAAAAAGGGGAAGAAAGAGAAGAAGGUAAAAGGAGCGGAAAAAACCGCCGCCAAAAUGGAGAAAAAGGUCUCAAAGAGGUCUAAACGAGAGGAGGAGGAUUUGGAAGCUCUCAUUGCUGAAUUUCAGAAUCUGGAUGCCAAGAAGACCCAAGUGGUAGAAACGACGUGUCCGCCUCCAUCCCCGAGACUGAAUGCGUCUUUCUCUGCCCACCCGGAGAAAGACGAGCUCAUCCUGUUUGGAGGCGAGUUCUUCAACGGGAAGAAGACGUAUCUGUACAACGACCUGUUUAUCUACAACAUCAAGAAGAACAGUUGGGUUAAAUCUGAGAUUCCCAACGCGCCCCCCCCUCGCUGCUCUCACCAGGGUGGGGGCCAGCUCUGGGUGUUUGGGGGGGAGUUUGCCUCCCCGAACGGGGAGCAGUUCUACCACUACAAGGACCUAGCUGCUGGAGGCCCGUCGGGUCGGAGUGGCCACCGGAUGGUGCUCAGCAAGAGGCAGCUGCUGGUGUUUGGAGGUUUCCAUGAGAGCACCAGGGAUUUCAUCUACUACAACGACGUCCACUCCUUCUCGCUGGACUCCUUCUGCUGGUCGCGGCUGGCCCCCUCAGGCUCCGCCCCCUGCCCGCGCUCCGCCUGCCAGAUGACGCCCACGCCGGACGGGUCGGGGGUCAUCGUCUACGGAGGAUACUCCAAAGUGAGGCUGAAGAAGGAGGUGGAGAAAGGGACCAUCCACUCCGACAUGUUCCUCCUGCGGCGGGAGGGAAAAGACGGCCAAGAGCGGUGGUCCUGGUCCAGGGUCAGCCCGGCGGGCAGCAAGCCGGCCCCCCGGUCGGGCUUCUCCCUGGCGGUGGCCCCGGGGGGGCGGGCGCUGCUGUUCGGGGGCGUCUGCGACGAGGAGGAGGACGAGACGCUGGAGGGAGACUUCUACAACGACCUCCACCUGUUCGACACGGCCAGGAACCGCUGGUUCCCCGCCGUGCUCAGGGGAUCGAAGACGGAGAAGAAGAAGCGCCGGCGGGGGAAGAAGGGAGGAGCCGAGGGGGAGGGGGGGGAGGCCAGAGGGGAGGAGGAGGCGGCCCGCGGCCCCACUGAGGUCAUCAAGGAGCUGGUCACCGAGGACGGGACGCUGAUGACCAUAAAGGAGGUGCUUCCUGCUCCUGCUCCUGAGGAAGAGGAGGAGGAGGAGGAAGAAGAGGAAGAGGAGGAGGAGGAGGAAGGUCCGGCGCCGGAGCCCUGCCCGCGGUCCAGCGCCAUGGCAACGGUGCGGCAGGGCCGGCUGUUCCUGUACGGCGGGAUGUUCGAGGUGGGCGACCGGCAGUUCACGCUGGGAGACUUCUACAGCCUGGACCUGCACAAGAUGGACCGCUGGGAGGUCCUGAGACGCAGGAGUGGCUGGAAGAGUCUGACUCUGAGGAAGAGGAGGAAGAGGAAGAGGAGGAGGAGGGGGCGAGAGGGGCUGAAGGAGAGGAAGAGGAAGGCGGAACAAGAGCACCCGGCCGUGCAGGACGGCGAGACGGCGGCGGCCUACCAGGCCCGGACGGGCGAAUACUGGACGGCGCUCGCCCGCGCCAACAUGGGCGCCGACGCCAAGGACAAGAAGGUGGCCAAGGUGGCGGCCGCCAUGGCUCAGGUCUUCUACGAGGAGCAGUAG